CAAGUUGCAGCAGCCCAUACAAACAUGGAGUAUCGUGUGCGCAAGCGUGACGUGAAUGGCGCCGGCCGUCUGCCGCACUCGCUGGAGGAGGUUCUACCUGACGUGGUGGUGCGGCGCUUCCUGCUGCGUGCUGGCUUCCGCUCAAGUUCAGACCGCGCCGCUGCCGAGGUGCGGCGCCACGUGAGCGACUUCUUCCGUCGUAUUGUAGGCUGCAUGGUGGUAAUGAUGCAGCACGACGGGCGCCGCAACUUCCGCCUUAUCGACGUCAAACGUGCGUGCGAACACUUCGGUAUCCGCAUGUACGGCUACGACGACAUGUGCCUGCUGGCGGCCGGACGCGUGUGCGGACCCGAGUCCAUCCAUGUGACUGAAUUAGUAGAAUGCAACUCGAUCUUCAGUCGCCCCGUUGAAACGUCGGAUGAGCCUGACACGGAACCUGGUGCGCGCUACAAGAAGACAGACUUUGUGGCCAAUUACACGGCGUGGAGAGAAGAGAUGGGAGACUUGGACGACCAAGUAAGCGAAGCUAUUAGUGAGUGGUCAUACUCCGACAGUGGCACUGAGACUGGAGAAGACCAAGACAUGGACACCGACAUUUCACAGCCAUGGCAGCCUGAUGAGGAGAAGUUCAUGGCGUCACUGCAGAAUGCACAGGAGCUGGUAGACGAAAAGCUACUGCAACCGGAAGACGACGGAGAGAAUCAGCCAGGUCAGGGCUACUGUUCCGACUACGAUGACAGCUAUGAGCCUGAAUACUUGAAGGGACAGAGAACUCGUGAGGAGGACGAAGAUGCACAGUGGAAUACGGUUGGAGAACUUCAUGUGCUGCAGAACGACGAGGACAGCGACCCUGCUGAGCUGCAGGAUUUUGGAGAAAGUCCCAACCUCUACGUCAUCUCACGUCAAGAGUUCUUGCGAGUUUUCCGUACGCUACUUAGUCUCACGCUUCACAUGAGCGAGCUGCAGAUCAGCUCAGUUGCUCUAAGCGCCCUGCACAAUGCUACAGAGCAGUGUCUACAUCGCUCCCUCACUGAAGGUUCGCUGCACUACCAGCUCGCAGCAAUUCUGAAGGAACAAGAGCAUAAUAACUCGACGAACCAGCUGGAAUUGGAACUUCAGAUGCAGCGCGAGAAGGUAAAUGAGCUGUGUGAGACCAUUGCUGCUAACAAGGCAGCGUUCAAGGCUAAGGAGUUAGCGAUGCAGCAACAGAUCGAGCAACUCAAGAAGCAGCUACUGGGUCGACAAGACGUGCAAAUGGAGACUUCUCCUUUGCUUAAGAAGAAGAAGAAGUCGCCUGGAAAGAGGAAAGCCACCACCAGUAAGAAAACUCAUACUGUGCGGAAGGGUCUAUCCAAAUCCUCAAAUGGUUCUACGUCCGUCGUAGGUGCACUGCGCUCGCGGGGUCAGAACCAGUCGGGAACGAAGAAGGCCAAGGCCACUCUUGUUUGAUACAGGUGAUACAUUCUCGGGGUGCGAUGUGCUCAUCAGAGGAUUCUCAUUCUUGCUCGACCAGUCUCUUCUUUUGCGUGUUUAGG